AUGUCGACUCAAGCACAUACCCCCUUACCCCAGGUUGGGAAGCUUGUGAGCGUGGUCCCGGUCGGCCUUAAAGAAGCUGCCCUCGACUCGCCCACCUUCCGUGCCACCACCCUCCAUUUUUGCGAUCAGGUCGAAUUCAUAGAGAAAUGGCUGGAUGGAUAUGCAAAAGCUGCGACAAAGCUGUCUUCCGAGCUGACGGCUCUGGAGAGUGUGGUGAGCAGCUUUCUGUCCUACUCAACCAGCCCCCUCAGUGUCUCUGAAGCGGUUGUCGAUCAUGAUUACACACUAUUGGCUAUGAAGAGGACUGGAGAGGGAACUAGAGAUCUCUGGAGCGGAUUGGUGUCAUCGACCAAAAAGAUGGAGGGGCUGAUUGCUGAACCGAUCCGCGAGUUCAUCCAUGAGGAUCUGCGGCAAUUUAAGGAAAUUCGUCGCAAUCUCGAACAAACCCAGAAACAGUACGACUACCUACAAGCCAAAUAUGCCUCCCAGUCCAAGUCGAAAGAAGCCUCGGCUUUGAGAGAGGAAGCAUUUCAGCUUCAUGAAGCCCACAAGGCCUACCUCAGAGCAUCCAUGGACUUUGCCGUACAGUCUCCCCAGAUGCGAAAUGCGCUAGAUCGCCUUUUGGUUAAGGUCUCUUUCGACCAAUGGCGGGAAAUUCGGGGAUUCCACAACCAAAACAGCAGCACAUUCUCCAAAUGGUCUCAUGAGAUGGAUCGCAUUAAGGGCUGGCUUCACGAGAUGGAAGGAAGCGAAAGAUCAUCCAAAAAAGAGCUGCUCUCUACACGGAAGUACCUUCAAGACGCUGCUGAGGCUGCAGCUCGCCCGUCUCGUGAACUGGAGGACUAUAAUAUAUCAACUGUUCCGUACCUUGGCUCUCGUCCUCUUUCGUCACUCAAUGUGAAAGAGAUGAGACCAGAGAAACAAGGAUGGCUGUACUUGCGUACUCUGUCAGGAAAGCCUACUCGGACCGUCUGGGUCAAGCGGUGGGCUUUCCUGAAGAACGGCAUUUUUGGUUGUCUGGUGCAAGGUGCUCGAACCGGUGGUGUUGAAGAAAGUGAAAGGAUUGGUGUGCUACUAUGUAGUAUUCGUCCUGCUUUCCAAGAAGAACGUCGGUUCUGUUUCCAAGUUAAGACCAAGAACAACACAAUCUUGCUGCAGGCAGACAACCAAAGAGAGCUAAUAGAGUGGAUUGGCGCUUUCGAAGCCGCCAAACAGAAAGCAUUGGAAAAUCCCGCUAGCACCGAUCUCUCAGUUUCUGGGAAGGUCACUGUCCAGGACCCUGCCUUUUCCAUUUCUCAACCUCCGGCUCCCGAAUUCACCGCAGACACCGCCGAUUCUCUCACACCCAACACCCACGAUGAGGCUGCAGGUGGGGAGCGAAGCUCCACACUUCCUGUCCCGGACCGUGAUGGCCAUGCAUUCAGAAAUAGCACUGAUAUUGGAAGCAGAAGGCCCACUGGAUUGGAACCCGAAAGUUCUGCCAGAGAGCACACUUCCAGACUCAUCCAAAAGUUGGAUCUUCAUCGAAAAUCAACCAACAUUGCCCCGACACCUUCUUCCCACCUUGGCCCCGUUGGUGGAAUUGCCAGUCUCAUCUCUGCCAGUCACAAUAUUCUCCCCUACAGCACAACUGUUUCAUUCAAUGGGAAUGACGAUGCCAACAGAGGCCGCAGUUUGAGCAAUGUGGAAGGACCUGGCGAGAGCCUUGCACCCACCACUCUUGCCAAUCCUCCAGCUCCUACCAGUAUGAGUAAGGCUGCUGUGGUCGUGAGCAAUGAAAGAGGAAUUGGAGUUGGUCUAUCUGACAGCACCGGUGGAAUGCCUAGUGGUAUGAUGGCGAACCUGUGGGGUAGCUCCAAUUGGAGCUUUGUGAAUAAGUUCCAAAUGGAACAGCGUGCACACGAUGAUGCCCACGAAGGGCGACCAUCUUCCACAAUCAGCGACGGCUCAGUGCGUACUGUUGCUGCACAGCCUGAUCAACCGGGCGAUACAGCAAACAAGUCGACAUCCGUACCCCGUCACAGACAGACCGUAAGUCUUGAUGGCGAGGAAACCAAACAGCUUCAGCGAGCAGUACUGGGCACCGAGCACGAGUAUCCUAGCUAUUAUCCUCCCCGAUUAAGGAUUCAAGAUGCUCAAUUCCGGUUGCUAUUCCCUGAUGUCAAGAGAGAAGAAGCUUUGGUGUUGGUCUUCAGGGCCACCUGGAGUCCAAACGACCAGCAAGAGUUCCCCGGACGAGCAUAUGUCACAACCCGAAAUAUUUACUUCUACAGCCAUCACUUUGGAUUGGUGUUGACGACCGGAGUUUCUCUGGAGAGCAUCAAAGAAGUUACAGCGGCAUCUGGACGAGACUGUGACUUCCUUUUCCUUCAUAUUAUCCCUGCAGUCGGUAGUGACACCCCUGGUCGGGUCACCAUCAAAACCUUCCUUGAACCUCUUAGACUUCUACAGAAACGUCUGAACUUCUUGAUCCAAGGAUCUAUUGCCGUCGAGCAAUUGUCUUUGGAGGAAUUAAUCAAAGCCCUGAUCAAGAUGGACACGGGCUCUCCGACCCGGUCAUCUAGCGCAGAUAGCUGGGAGGAUCUAUCGUCCGGACUUGCUGACAUCAAAUCAGAUGGAGGCAAACGUGCUGCCACGGGCCCUGUAAGAGAUAUCCGAGCCCCCAUCUACGUCGAAAAAGAUCUAGAGCUGGACGGAAGCAGGGGCCGGAGGGAUAUCGCCAAGUUCAGGCUUCCAACCCAGCCUGUGGAGUAUGUCCCGCAAGGUGACCUGGUUCUGGUGACUGAAAAGGUCCUUGAAAUCAGUCCAAAAGCCCUGUUCCAUAUUCUAUUUGGCGACAAGAGCGCUGUGUGGCAGCUAUUGCUCCACGAGAGACAAGCCCGAGAAAUUAAACAAGGUCCCUGGACGAGUACAGAGUCCAACCACCUGCGCCGUGACUUCCACUACAACAUUGGCGAGACGGAUGUCCUUGGCAAUACCCAUGAUAAUGCCAUUUCGGACUAUCAGAUCAUUGACGUCCUCAACGAGCAUCUAUGCUAUGUGAUCACAGACAAGAAAACGCCAUGGCAUCUUCCCUUCAGGCGAUCGUUCAGGUUGGUCAGUAAGGUUGUCAUUACAUUCCAGGGCAAGUCGAAGAGCAAGCUUGCUAUUUACACCAAGGUUGAGUGGCUUUGGUCACCUUACGGCCUCAAAAAUGUGAUCGAUAAGAAGGCCAGUAGCGAUCUGGAACAAGACGCCUUGGAUCUCGUGGAUCUGGUUAGUGACCAAGUCCGCCGGCUUGGUGCACACAGUCGGACCAAAAAGGCCAUCACAAUCUUCGGCCAUGUUGGACGCCAGAGCAAUAUUUCCCACUUCAACGGUGCUGGUGUCACCUUGAAGUUGGAACCUCGCAAACCCCGAGUCCAACGAAGCAUGCACGAGCUCCUAUUUGAAACAUCCGUCUCUUUCAUGGAAACCACCAUCUCCUUCCUGAUGAUGUGGGCCUUCGGUGUCGUUCGCUGGUCCUGGAAGACUGUGAGUGCACACAAGAUUAUCUUGGUUCUUUUAGCCAUAAGUGCAGUCAUGAACGGAUACCACUCCUCUCGAGAUGGCUGGGACUGGUGGCACGAAAGACACGCAGGGAAGUUCAUGGCCCGGCUUGGUGUUCAACCAAACCUCGUCAUGAGCAAGGCUAUCUACAUGCGGGAUAUCGACGACGCAGUCGCGAACACCACAAUCUGGCCCACUAGUGGCAACGCCAGUGACUGCUAUGCCACCUUCCAUGACCAGACAAUGCGGUAUGCAGAGAUGCCUUUGUCACUCAGCACAUCAGGACCCCGGGACGCCUUGACCAGGAGCGCAAUUAAACGUUUCCAGCAAACCCGCGAGCGCCUCGGAAUGUACCGUCACAACCUCCUCGUCGCCCUCCGAGUUAUUAACAGCAUCGAGAAAGAAGUCAUUCAGACCGAGUGGGAGCGCUGGCUCCGCGAAGAGACCCGCCGUUGUCGCCAGGUUGAGGUGCUCCUUGGCGGCGAGUCUACCCAAGGCGAAGGCUCGCAGGCCCGACUGGCUCAAGCCGAGCGUGUCUUCGCCGACAAUGCAGAAAACGUGAAGCAGUGGUAUGAGGAGUAUUGCCCGAGUUGUCGAUUGGAGCAAGAAAAAGUUACCGCCAAUGGCCGUGGUGAUCUAAUCCCUUGA